AUGGAAAUUCAAUUUGAGGAACCAAAGAAGAGUUUGAGACCAAAAAGGAGCAACAAAUUAUUCAAAGGUGGAAGCAAAAAGAGUGAAACAAAAAACAAGUUUGUUGGGGUGAGACAAAGGCCAUCGGGUAGAUAUGUUGCUGAAAUUAAGGACACAACACAAAACAUAAGAAUGUGGCUUGGAACAUUCGAGAAAGCCGAGGAAGCCGCGAAAGCUUAUGAUGAAGCCGCCACACUUCUUCGCGGUUCCAACACUCGCACCAACUUCAUCACACAUGUUUCCUAUGAUUCUCCUCUCGCUUUUCGGAUUAAAAAUCUUCUUAAAAAUCGAGAAAAAGGUAAUGAAAAACAAGUAGAAGAAGAUUUGGAUGUUAGAAGCAGCAUCACGAGUCGCGUUAGUACGACUAAUGAUAAUACUAAUAGUAUUAAUAUUAGUACCACCAUCACCCGUGCUGACAUGGUUAAUAGUAUUACUAAUAGUACCGGUGCUAGCUGCGUGACUAGUACUAGUACUAACACCACGGAUAGUGUCUACAUGGUUAGUACUGGUGCUAGCAGCAUGACUAACACUAAUAUUACUAUUAGUACUAGUUCGAGCAAAAACAAUAUUGGUGAAAACUCGAUUUCUAGUGUGACGACAAUACAAAACACAAGAUUAUUCGAUGAUGCAUAUAGGCCAGAUAUGAGCAAUUUCAAUGAGUAUGAGUCAAGUUACAAUAAGUCAAGUGUCUCAUGGGAUUUUGGACCUACUUUUGAUAACUUUCCAUUUGAUCAAAGGUUGGAUAUGAGUGAUGAAUUAGGGGUUUCAGAAUUUGAAAGGAUGAAAGUUGAAAGACAAAUAUCAGCUUCACUUUAUGCAAUUAAUGGUGUGCAUGAGUACAUGGAAAAUUUUCAAGAUUGCAAUGAACCUCUAUGGAAUCUUUCACCAUUUUGCUCAUUUUUAAGUUCAAACAAUAUGCAUGAAGUCUAA